UGAAAGAAAUCAGGAAAUCUUUGACAACAGUACCAUUAGCAGGGUUAUCACCAGUGCGUGUUGCGAGGCUGUGAUGGAAAGCUUGGAUUUUUAAACUCUGAUAUGAGUACCUGAGAAGAUCAAUACAACGCUCAUGUCUGCAAGUUUAAAGCUGGACUACUACGAUACAUCUUCUGAAGUUCUUCCUGAUGUGGCAGAGGUGAGACUAGGGCGUCAUGUCGGAGCCUCCAGAGCCGAGCCAGGAGAUCGUGGAGUGGCUCUUCACCCUCCGCCUGUCCCAGUAUACCUCAUGUUUCCAGCAAGGACGCUAUCAAACUCUGGAAGAGUGCAGGGACCUCACAGACGAGCGCCUGCUGGAGCUUCGAGUGUUUCCAACUGGCCACCGUAGGCGCAUCCUCAGGAGUUUGGAAGCACUAGGGGUGACGCAGCAGAGCGGCGGUGAAGAAGAUGAAGAGGGAGGGAUGGAGAACGGGAGACGCCGAAGGAAGCCCGUGCCACACCCGAGGCACAUCUUCCUGAAGGAUAGAAAGAGGGGGAAUUCAUGCCAGCACAAUCAGCCAAAGGAGAGGAGAGAGUGCGAUUUGGAGGGGAGUCAGACUUUGCCUCCAGGAGCCGGACUGGGACCUGAAACCGAGGACGUCCCAGAGAGCCUAUACCUGCGGCCGCCUCAGCCGGCCCCCCGCAAUCCGCAGAACAUCCGAACAUCCAUACCUGAGCAUGCCUGCGCCCCUGCCGCUGUGCCCUCCAGCAGCAGCAGCAGCAGCAGCGAGUCCCUCUCCAUUUCUGAAAUGCCCUCAGACUGGGAGAUUUCCUCAGAGGAUCCCUCGCUGUCCAGCACCGACUCCAUCCCCUGUCCUGGUGAAGGCCCCCACUCAGCGCUCACUGAAGACACUGGGGGCUUUCGUGGUGAAAUGGUGGAAAACUCCAUCUAUGAGUCGCAGCCCAGUUUUAGUGUUCCUAAAGGUCCACGGCUCACUCGCUCCUACCGGCUGAGGCACCGGCCCGUCCCCCAAAUCCCAACUCAGACCAUACUCCCACUGCAGGACAGGAGCGCACCACCAGCGCAAACAACCAGCCCUGAACACCUAACCGGCUCAGAGGGUCCCACCGGUGGAAGCAGCAUACAGAAAGCUCCACUUCAAAGAACCUUGACGCCUAUCGCUCCCUACGGAGAAAUGUUCCUGUACAACAACCCCGAAAGCACUCCGGACCAGGGCGCUAAAGAAGGGCUACAGAAGGGUUUUAAGGACAAGAUUAAACAGAAGAAACAGAGAAAGAAGAUGCCUAAACAGAAAGAGUCAAAGGAAGCAGCUUCUCCUCCUGCUCCGACGAUCCCAGACCCCUACAAAGACGAAUACUCAACAGUGGACGAGUGCGCCAGCAUCUUGCCGCAAGCUGGUUUGGACCAAAGUUUUGCAGUGACCCCUGAGAGUGUUGGAUCAGCAGCCUCUGGCUCUAAGGAUGGGUCUUUAAUCAUGGUGGAGUGUGACCUCUACUCACAGCCUGCAGACGCUCUGGGGGGUGUGACCAGAGAUGCUCUGCCUGAUAUUUCUCCAUAUGCGUGCUUCUAUGGAGCCCCCAAACACCAGGUGCUCAAAGUGGGUUGGCUGGACAAACUGUCGCCUCAGGGAAAUUGUGUUUUUCAAAGGAGGUGGGUGAGAUUCGACGGCGACAGUCUGGCCUACUACAACAAUGACAAGGAGAUGUACUCCAAAGGUAUGAUCCUGGCCAGUGCUAUCAGACAGGUGCGAGGACUGGGUGACAACAAGUUUGAGGUGGUCACCUCCCUUCGGACCUUCACGUUCCGGGCUGAAAGAGAAGGGGAGCGCCAGGAGUGGAUGGAAACUCUUCAGACGGCCACGCGCCCCCCCGCCUGUGGUUCCCAGAAGCGCUCCGACAGCCUCCCCCGCCCCUCCUCCACAAACAAGCGAGGCUUGCUGGAGCUGCGCGGUUACAAAGGCAGAGUGCUGGUGUCCCUGGCGGGGAAUAAAGUCAGGCUCUGCAAAACAGAACAGGACUACAAAGCCGGUCUGGCCAUUGCCGAGGUGGAACUGACAGCUGCAAAUAUCAGAGACGUGGACCGCAGGGGCUUUGAUAUCAACACACCCUUCAAGAACUUCUGCUUCACGGCCGAGUCAGAACGGGAGAAGGAGGAGUGGAUUGAAGCAGUCCAAGAAUCGAUCGCCGAGACACUCUCCGACUAUGAAGUGGCAGAGAAGAUCUGGUUCAACGAGGCCAACAGGAGCUGUGCCGACUGUCGCGUCCCGCAGCCGGAGUGGGCGUCCGUCAACCUGGGUGUGGUCAUCUGCAAGAAGUGUGCAGGCCAGCACCGCUCCCUCGGCCCAAGCAUUUCCAAAGUACGGAGCUUGAAGUUGGACAGCAGCAUCUGGAGCAAUGCGCUGGUGGAGCUCUUCCUGGAGGUGGGGAACAAGAAUGCUAACAGUUUCUGGGCUGCUAAUCUUCCCUUGGAGGAGGAACUCUACAGUGGGGCUUCAGCGGAGCAGCGCGCCACCUUCAUUCGCAGGAAGUACAGGGAGAGGAAGUACCGGAGGGUCCUGGAGGGCUUUGAUGACCUGGAGCAGCUCAACAGGGCGCUGUGUGCAGCUGUGGUGUUGCCUGAUGUGCUGCAGACCAUGGCGCUGGUGUUCAGCGGGGCAGAUGUUAUGUGCGCCACUGGGGAUCCGACCGUCUCCACCCCGUAUCUCUUGGCCCAACGUGCUGGACAGAGGCUGCAGAUGGAGUUCCUGCACCAGAACAAACUCUCAGAUUUCCCCAGACUGGAGCAGUGGUCGGAGAACACCUCCCUGUCUGACGCUUCCCUCUUCAUGGAUGGCUUCCUCUACAUCUCCGCCGGCCCCGCCAAGGCGACGCUAGACCGCCGCGACGUGGCACGGCGUUGGUGCACGUUGGAGGGCGGCUUCCUGAGUUACUAUGAGAGCGAGAGAAGCCCGGCGCCCAUCAGCAGGGUGGACGUCACUGAGGUGGUCAGCCUGGCUGCCAGCAACACAGAGACCAUGACCGGAGCUGGGGCUGUGUUUACCGUGGAGCUGUACCUGCAGACAGAGCGAGUACUGAUUGUCGGGGCAGAAACACAGGAAACUCAGCAUGACUGGAUCCAGGCGCUAACAAAGUGCUUCGUCCCGCCGAAAGUCGAGGGACUGCUGCAGAGGGACGGCGAGCUGAUUGGCAGGCUGCACUACAAAGAGGGCCAUGACCUGUACCACUGGAGGACGGGCUGGUUUGUGCUGGAAGGCUCAGCCCUGCACUUCAGCCCAGGGGACCAGGAGGGAGAGGAGGAAGUCCUUCAACUCAAACAGCUGCAGGAGCUCACUGUCUCCACACAUACGGAGGGCGAGGAAAAGAUCCAAGUCCUGCUGAUGGUGGAGGGCGGAAGAACAGUUUAUAUCCACGGCUUCAACAAGAUGGACUUUGCACUGUGGCACUCUGCCAUCACGCUGGCUGCAGGCACAGAUGGGAAGGCGCUGAGCGACCAACAGCUGACUAAAAAUGGCGUCCCUAUUGUAGUGGACAGUUGCAUUGCCUUUGUCACUCAGUAUGGUUUGUGCCAGGAGGGGGUGUACCAGAGGCCGGGGGACCCUGGCAGAGUGGCCCUGCUCCUGCAGGAGUUCACCCGUGAUGCUCGUAAUGUGAAGCUGAGGGAGAAGGAGCACCAGCUGGAGGACGUCACAGACACCCUGAAGAGCUUCUUAUCCCAAGCAGAGGAUGCACUGCUGUCCAAGGAGCUCUAUCCAUACUGGGUGUCAGCUCUGGAUGAGAAGGACGAGAGGCAGAGAGUAAAGAAGUACUCCACUUUCAUUGAGAGUUUGCCAAAAAUAAACAGGUCAACCCUUGAUGCUCUGCUCCAGCAUCUGUACAGGAUUCAGCAGUGUUCCCACCUCAACCAGAUGCCGAGUGAAAAGCUGGCCUCUGUCUUCUCCUCCUGCUUGUUCCAGACUCGGGGACAGACGCCACAGGAAACCAGCGUCGUCCAUGACCUCAUCAACAACUACGUUACACUCUUCAGUGUCAAUGAAGACCGGGUGCAACAGAUGGAGAGGGAGAAUAGUUUCAUCGCACGCUGGAACGACAAGAAGGACACCACGUUCUCCCCAGCUGGGGACUUGAUCUUCGAGGUGUACCUGGAAAAGAGAGAGCCAGAGAACUGCUGUUUAAUCAAGGUCUCUCCCAGCAUGCGCUCCACAGAGCUUGCAGAAACUGCGCUAAGUAUGAGGAGCGUCGUCUUUAACCGCGAUGACCUCUGGACCACCUUUGAAGUCAUUGAGAAUGGAGAGCUAGAGCGGCCGUUGCACCACAGUGAGAAAAUUCUUGAGCAGGUGCUGGAGUGGAGUAACUUGGACUGUCCCAGCUCUGCUUUUCUUGUUAUAAAGAAGUUUUCAGAGGCCAAAAGAGUGACUGAUGGGAAAGCAGACCAAAAGCAGUUCACAAGAGGCGACUAUCUGAAGUUCAGCGAUGGAUCCUCCAAACUGCUGUCAGGGCACAAAUUCCAGGACAAAUAUGUUGUACUACGUGCAGAGAAGCUGCUGCUCUACAGAGAUACCAAAGGCACUAAAGCAGAGAAAGUCAUCCAACUCUCCUCUCUUAAAUGUUACCUGGGCCUGAAGAAAAAGCUCAAACCUCCAACCAGCUGGGGCUUCACAGUCUACACUGAUAAACAACAAUGGCACUUCUGCUGCGAGAAGAGGGAGGCGCAGGUCGGCUGGGUGACGGACAUCAUCAGGAUGAAGUACGGUUCUGACCUCUGUUCAAAGAGCGUCAACUCAAAAGAAGCUGCAGAUCACAAAUCCUCCAGAGGGGGAGCUGUGACUGAAGUCCGUAAGAUCCACAGCGGCAGCAAACAGCUGACAGACAGGAGGGUUUCUCUUGAUGACGGCAACCCAAGGCCCACCAAGGACGCCGCUGUCCACCACAAGACGAACGCCCCGAAGCACACCGACGUGCUCAGGGCCCCAGAAGUCCCAUACAGGAGACCCUCUGUGGAUGUUUGCCAGCCACAGCGCCUCCCUUCCCCGUCGCCAUCCAGACACUUGCAGCCCAUGGCUUUACCCAUUCCCCCUCAGAGUGGCUGUAAGACCAUCAGCAGGAGACCUGCUCUGGGUGGGGAGGCUAUAAUGCCGUCUAACCUGAUGAAUGAACUUAACUCAGUGCUGAGCAAGACUGGUCGCAUUGCCAAGAGCAAUGAUGGGUAAGAAGAGAAGUCAGGAGGCAGAGAGGUACCUUAAACAGUUUGAACGGUAGGACAAACACUGCAGGGCUGAGCAGAGGAAGACAGAUGUGGAGGCUGACUGAGAAAGACCGCACAAUGCAGAUGGACCCAAAAUAAGUUGCUAUCAUGAGGGGGAUCAUAGCCUGACGGCCGCUUUCGAGCUCAAGUGUACUGUACGUAUAAAGGGAUGCCGACGCACAAGGGGAUGUGGAAAACAGGUGCAAGGAGACACUGGAGGUCAUGCAGACCUCAGCUGGACAUGGCGCUGACCCAAGCACUACAGAACGUGAUUUAUAUGCCGCUCGUCUAAACCUGGAGAAUGUUAUAAAAAUAUGUUCACCUGUCAAACCCUCAGAAGUUUCCAGAAGUGCUUGCUUCGUGCUUUUCAGGUUCCAGGUACUUUGAAAAGGCUGUUAGGUCUACACCUGGAAAGUAUUGUGAUUAUUUUAAGCCUUAUAUGGUAAAGUCAAUUUUAAAUUAAGCAUUUUGUAUAUUAUGAAUUAUGAGUGGCGGGGUCCGCCAUUUCACAGAGUUAAACCUACGCAGAUUCAGAAGAGAAAAGCAGGUUUUUGCCAUUAACUGGCUAACAGACUUACGUUUUCAUCGACAUGACAUGCAAUAUAUUUAUAGUAGAUAUUUUUAUAUACUUUUUUAAAAACAGUUAACCGCCAUUAUUUUUUUACGGUAACCAUUGACUGCACAGCUAACUCGCUAACACUUUUUUUAAGCUCAUCAUUCUGUGGUCCACCACUUUAAACUUUGCACUGGCUGCCACCAAAUGUCUUUUUAAUGCACAGUAUAAAUAUAUGAAUAAAUGCUGUAACAUGAUGUAUUACUCAGCAGUUUAAUCCUCAGUGAGCAAAAACAAAAUAAUGUAUGCUAAACAUUAACCAGAAGUAGCUAACACCGUUGCACAUUAGCUUGCUUUUGCACACUUUGUGGUAAAAUCAGAACUCAAAAUCUGAAAAAUUGCUGCUCUGGAAGAGCUUGAAAUUUUUCUUUUUUAAUUUUUUUAAUUAAUGCAUUUAAGUAAGUAUAUAAGACUCCACAGAAACACCAUCAAAUAUCAGCGCCAUCAGAAACAAGCCUUCAGAGAUCCAUUAGCUCGUUCCAAACUGAACACAAACAUAAGUCUAGCUUUUCUGUUGAAGUUCAGAGUAACAGUCCUGAACAGUUAAACUAAAUGCAUGUUAUAGUCUCUGUUAAUAGUGGGCACACAUGCUUGAAUGUAAGUAUUUAUUUUUGUCACUUUCAAAAAAAAAAGCAACAAACGGAUAAAUUGCAGAAUAAUACUGAACACCGUUGCAUCUCCUGAGCAGCGCAAAUGAAAAAUGUCUAUUUUUGCCAAGCGCUCUGGCUAAAAAUGACCUUUAAUGUUUCUCCACAGGUGUGCAGAUGGUGGGAACAGUGGAGAUGGGAGAGGUGUCGAGUGUGUAACGGAAACACACAGAGAACCUUUGAGAAAUUGUCAGUUUUAGACUUUUUAUAGCGAGGAAACGACAGACACGGCCAAACCCAUCAGAUAAUUAGCGCCGGGUAAAAAUAAGAUAAUGCACGGAGCCGUUAACGGAAUAUGAGAAUGAAAGCAGCCUUAUAUGAUGACAGAAAUGUGUGAAACCAAAAAGUGAUAAACAUCAGUGUUGUUUAAUGAUAAUUGCCGUUAUUGCUUUCAGGUUUAUUGUGCAUCAUGAUUGGAUUCUUUUCUCUGUUCAUUCGCUAAGAGCUCUUUAUCUGUGUUUUAUUUCUAUUUUAAUAUUGCAUCUGCUCUCUGCAGGUUUAUAUAAUACAGUCAUUUGGGCUUUUUGCGCCGGGUAAAUCUGCGCAGGGAUUUUCUAUCUCAUUGGAUAAAUUUCCUUCUGUACACUCAGUUGUGUUCUAUGAACACGUCUGCAAGAUUUAAGAGAGAGAGCGACUCGAGCCCAGUUGUGGAUUUCACCAUGAGGAUCUUCAAUCUUUGCCUUAUUUAUAUAUAAUUAUAUCAUCAUUUUAUUCAUAGAUUUCAUCAAAUUCUGCUUUUUCUCGAGUGAAAUGUAAGAAUAAACUCCCCGUCUCAAGUCA